AUGGAAAAUUUAGUUGAUCUUUGUACUUCAAUUUCAAAUUCUAUUGAUUCUUCUUCUUCAAAUUUGAAUUUCUCAGCUGAUAAUCUGAUUUGUGAAGAAAUUUUGAAUAAUGCGUUGGAUCAAUCGAAAGAAAAUGAUGUUGAUGAUGAUCCAGAAUCUUAUGUGGUUGUUGGUCAAGAUUUUGAAGAACCAGUUUCACUUGAGGGUAGUGUAGUUAAGGAUGAUGAUGAAGCGUAUGAGUUAUACAAUAAUCAUGCUUUUAGGAAUGGUUUUGGUACUAGGAAGGGUAAAAAGGAGUAUAGGAAUGGUACCAAAAUAGUUCGGCAGAGGUUCUUUAUUUGUGCAUAUGAGGGUUUUAAAAAAGCUGCUGGUGUUGUGCCUAAAUGUUACAAAAAAAUUGAUAGGAGAACUGGAUGCAAGGCAUCAGUUCAGUUUGAUGUUGAUAAGAAAACUGGAGUGUAUGUUCUUUCUAAACACUCUCGUGUUCAUAACCAUUCAAUGGUUCCUGCCAAUAAGAGAUAUCUUAUUAGGACACAUAGGAACAUAUCAAAAGAACAGUUGGCCUUCCUUACUACGUUUAGUUGUAGUGGUACUAAGCUUGCUGAUGUUCUUCGAGCAAUGAGGAAAGAAGUAGGUGGUGAAGCUAAUUUAGGAUUUACUAUUCCCGAUGCAUAUGAUGCUGUCAAUGCGGAGAAAAAGAAUAAGUUGGAUGGUUGUGAUUCAAAUCAAUUGAUUAGGUGGUUUGCAAUGAGACAAGCUAAUGAACACGACUUUUAUUAUGAUUUUCAACUUAAUGAAUUUAAUCAAUUGACCAACUUUUUUUUGGAGAGAUGGGAGAAUGCGGUCUGA